UUCGUGUAGCGCACUGUUGAUGUUUUGGCUCAGUUGGAGAGGCGUGACGUGACGAAUGGUAGAUUUACACAGAGGACGUUUGCCUUCUUCUUUUCUUUCGCUGCAGUUUACCUCUAAAACAGCUGGCUGAGAGAUGUCCGACAGCUCCAGUGACACGGAGUCGUCCUGUGGAUGGACAGUCAUUAGUAAUGAGGGUUCGGAUAUUGAAAAUCUGGGGCCGGAUUAUGCCGGGGAGUGUGAGGAUGGAGCGGUUAGCCUGGUUAGUCUGGACGUACCUGAUGACAAGCAGGGUGAGGAGAGUUUGGGAGAGUCUUCACUAGACCUCACACUGAGAGAGGAGGCAGAACCGGCCCAAGAGGCGGGUGGAGAAGAACAUGUGACCCUUUGCUCCUCCAGUGAGAACUCUGACAUCAUCACCCUGGCGGACUCUCAGGAGGCGGAGAUUGACGCGUGGGAGGAGCCUGUUGCUAAGGAGGCGGAGGAGGAAGCAGGAAGUGAGGAGCUCUAUCUCGGAAGCUCGUCGAGCAGCCAGUACACGUUUAGAGAGUCAGAGACAAUGUUCCCAGCGGAUCAGCCUGUGCAGCGAGACGGCGGUAACAGCAGCAGUGAGGAUGAGGAGGGUGAGGUGAAGGCCAGUCCUGUGGUGAGGAGACGCAGAGUGAGGAGGAGCACCGCCGGCUCAGAGCCUGGAGACCCGCAGGAGCCCCACAGGAGACAGGAGGAGGCUGUUGAGGGGGUAGCAGUCUAUCCGGAUGGCCUCGCUGCUCGUCAGGAUCAGGGUCCCGUCAGCAGCACCCUGAACAAAUGCAUCCUGCUAGCGCUGCUCAUCGCCAUCAGCAUGGGCUUCGGACACUUCUACGGCACAGUCCAGAUUCAGGAGAGGCAGAGGAUUGUAGAAAAGAGUCGCGUGAAUGAGCUGGAAGCGCCGUGUAAGAGAGAGCUGGAUGUUGUAAGUAAGGAAGCGGUUGAGAAUCUCAGGGAAGACCUAGAGGAAAAGCAAGACAUGGUGAUGUCCCUCAUGAACGUCAUGGAUAAGAUAACUAAAGAAAACCAGCAUCUCAGAGUCAAACAGGAAGAGUUACAGGCCCAAAGACAAGAUUUAUACGUGCAACUGACGCAAACCAAAAGCCAAAUGGAGUCUCGGCAGAACGACCUGACCACGGAGAACCAGCAUCUUAAAAGCACUCUGGAGCGAGAAGAAGCGUCUCUGUCGGCCCUGAAGGAGCAGCUGCGGUCCCUGCGGGGACAGAUACGAGAGCUGGAGGAGAGAGGGGCCGGGGCCGACUCCAUCAUGUCCGAAAACCAGCGACUGAAGGGCCACUUACAGGAGGAGAAACAGAAAGUGCGCAGCUUCAUGAGCCAAAGGGAAGCGCUGAUGGCCGAAGCUCAGGUGCUGCGGAAAGAGCUCGAUAAAGAGCGCAAGGUGACCGACAAGCUCAAGGAGGAACUGGAGGAAAUAAGACAAGAGGAGGACGUCGAGGGCAAGACGGAUCCCGAGACCGAAGAACUGCAGGCGCGACUUCAGGAGCUCGAGAACAAGCUGAAGUUCGAGCAGCAGCGCUCCGAUCUUUGGGAGAGACUGUACGUGGAGUCGAAGGAGGAGAGAGCGAAGGGUGACAGGGACGUCAAGACCAAGAUUCCCAAGGAUGGGAUGCUGGGAAAGGUGAAGGAAACCUUAGACGCUGUGAAGAACUCCACUAAGGAGUUUGUGCACCAUCACAAGGAGCAGAUCAAGAAAGCCAAAGAGGCGGUUAAGGAAAACCUCCGGAAGUUUUCCGACUCCGUUAAAUCGACGUUCAGGCAUUUUAAAGACUCGGCCUCGAAUGUCUUCAGCCAUGAAAAGAGGUUUCACGACGCCAAACCAGAGCAUCACACGUUUAAGCAGGAGCAAGGAAACAAGCGCGCCGAAGACUGGCAGCCGCAGAAACCUUUACACCGACAUCCUCGCAAAUCAACCAGCGACUCCGUUCACGCCGAUCGCAACACGCGCAAACCCGGCGCUCAGAGAGACCACAGCACCAUGGGACAGAAAACGCCGCCCAAAGGCUGUUCUGGAGUGUUCGACUGCGCCUAUCAGGAGUCCAUGAGUCUGUUUAACAAGGCCAUGGAUCCCAUCCGCGCCGAUGAGUUUAACGAGCUCCUGCGCAGCUAUUUGCAGAAAGAAGUCGGACAUUUCCACCACUGGAGGGAGCUGGAGAGCUUCAUCGAUAAUUUCUUCCAUAACGGCGUCUUCAUCCACGACCAGAUGCUGUUUACGGACUUUGUCAGCGGCGUUGAGGAUUACCUCGAGGAAAUAGACGAAUAUCACAGCCUCAGCGACGACGUGUUUGAGGAUCUGGACGACUACAUAUACCGCCACAUAUUUGGAGAUACGUAUCUAAAAUAUUUUGGGCCGAGUCGACCCUUCAAAGGGCCGGGGUCGAAGGGCAAGGCGUGGCGUCACUGUCAGCGGCAGCAGAAGAAGCAGCAUCAGCCUCGUCCUCGUCCUCAGAGAGCCAAGAAAUGGAGCCAAUCAGGACGCGACCCCAACCGACAGUUCACAGAUGUCAAAAUAGAGCUGGGUCCCAUGCCCUUCGAUCCCAAAUAUUAGAAGAAACAUUUCAGUUCUUCUUAAUAUUGCUCCUAAUUUGUUUGUUUUGUCCUGGAGAGGGUUCAAGAAAGCUUUGGUU